CGGGGAUGUGGGGAGUGCGGGGUGCGGGGCGGGGAGCGCGGUUUGGUCGCGAGCCGCUAGGUGGCAGGACGGGUCGGGCGAUCUCAGACUGACGUGCGCGCGACAAACAUCCCGAUCCGACACCAGUCACUGCUGAUACGUGGUAGGGUGACUACGCUCCCCCGAGCUCCGCCACGGCGACUACACACGACAACUUCGCUCGCUACACAUCAGUCUACUGUCAACCGCCGCCGCAGUCGCUGCCGCACAGUUCGCAUUCUACUUUAUACAUUUUUAUUAUUUUAACUUUAAAAAAGUAUUAACUUAACUUUUUCGGAGAAAAUCAAGAGGAUCUUGGAAGAUACUGCAGACGAAGGGUGGAAUGGUCAUCGUCGAUCGAGACCGGCUGUCAACACCGAGGAGACGCUGACAACGACGUCGACCCAUCAGUGAUUCUUCGCCUCUGGACUGUCAGACACUUGUCAGUGAUUAUCAGUGAUUUGCUAGUGAUCUGCGAUAUCAGUGAGUGUUCGUGUUAUAGGGACCGAUAGUCGAUGAGCGUAAGCGCGGUUCGGACCGUCAGGCUUUUCGCCACGCCCCGAAGAUAAGAGCUAUCGCUAUCGGCAGACAUGACUUAGUAGGUAUCCCGAAGUGAUGGAUAUUCAAGCGAUGCAGUCGAUGGACUGGCUUUUCAAGAAAGAACGAAUCUACCUGUUGGCGCAAUUUUGGCAGCAGAGAGCCACCCUGGCCGAGAAGGAAGUGACAGCCCUGAAGGAGCAGCUCUCCGCCGCCAACCAUCAAAACCCGGACAAGAUGUCUGGACAAGACGACCACGCCAUCAAGCGAUCAUCCGCCGAGAUGGAACUCAAUGCCAAAGAUAAAGAGAUUUCCCAAUUAAUCGAAGAUGUACAAAGACUGCAGUCAAGUAUCAGCAAACUACAAGAGAGUUCUGCAAACCAAAUAGCAAGACUAGAGGAAGAGUUAGACCAUAAGAGGCAGCACAUUUCAAGGCUGGAAGCAAGAUUGGAUGCCCAAAGAGACUAUGAGGAACUGAAGCGUCAGCUAAGUUUCUUGAAGUCAAUAGAACUACCCCCCAACAGUGAUGGGGAUGUGAAGACUUUGGAAAGUUUGCUCUUAGAGAGGACCAAGACAGGCCAGCAUUCUGAGAGCAACAAGGCACCCCCAUGUUCAACCCCUUCUGAUAUUCAUGGCUCUACAGACAUGAAUACAGAGUCCAGUGCAUCCCAGCUAUUCCCUGCACCUGCACCCCCUCCACCCCAGCCACCUCUUCAGAAUGUCGAGACGUUCGGUUCAUUCUAG